AUGGCUAGCACCGUUUAUCUCGCCAUUGUGGGUGUGGGGGUUGUCGGUACAGCGCUACUUGAACAGCUUGCGCAAGUGCCAGAAGCACCUCACCUAGUUUUACUUUCACGCUCUUCAAAAACUCUGUUAGCACCAACUCCAUCUUACGCACCCCCGAUCCCAUUUGUGGAUUGGGAAUCUGCUACGGUCACUCCCUCGAUAACGACGGUGGAUGGGUUACGGCCAGAUGAGAUAGAGGCAUACCUCUCGCUAGUUCCUGGUCGGGUGGUUUUGAUUGAUAAUACUUCUAGCCUUGCUUUAGCACAGGCAUACCCGGCAUUCUUGAAGAAAGGAAUAUCCGUCGUGACGCCCAACAAAAAGGGAUUCUCCGACGACAUUUCACUCUGGAAUGAUAUCUUCGCUUCGGCGAAUGAGGGAAAUGCCCUAAUAUACCACCAAGCAACUGUUGGCGGGAGUCUUCCCAUUCUGUCAACCCUUCGCGGUCUGAUAUCCGCGGGUGAUGAAAUCGUGAAGAUAGAAGGUGUUCUUUCUGGCACGCUGUCCCUUCUGUUCGACACAUAUAUGCCAGCUAUCGGAACAACGGAUUCCACAUGGAGUUCACUCGUGGCGCAUGCUCUCGGGAUCGGAUUCAUGGAACCUGAUCCGCGUGAUGACUUGAACGGAAUGGACUUUGCCCGAAAGCUUACCAUCCUCGCUCGAGUCGUUGGUCUCCAGAUAGCUGGGCCAGAUGCGUUCCCUGUCCAGUCACUGAUUCCCAUUGAGUUACGGUCAAUUCCCUCGUCAGCCGAGGGGACCUCUCGGUUCAUGAAAGAGCUACCCAAAUUUGAUGAGCAUAUGGCGAUGGCCAGGGAUCAGGCCCAAAGGGAAGGCAAAGUGCUGCGGUAUAUCGGUAGUAUUGACGUGGCUAGUCAAAAGAUUCAAGUUGGGCUGCAGCAUGUCGAGAAAGAUCAUCCGAUCGCAAAUCUCAAAGGGGAUCAAAUCGUGAGCAUCUAUACAAAGGGGUCUGGAGGCAAUCCCUUGGUCUUGAAAGGUGGCGGUGGCGGUGGUGAGAUCACAGCCACGUGCGUGAUGAGAGAUCUCCUGGAGGUGAUCACACACUUGAAACAGCCCUUCAAUAACUCACACAUCUAG